CCUAGAGAUAUUUGUCUUAUAUAUAUGUCUCAUAUCAAAAAGGCAAAACUCCCUGGGGAUGAGGGUGACUUAUAAGUGGUCAUGUAUUCUAAAAGAUUAUCGAGACAAAAAAUAUUACACGGGGUAAUCAAGUCUCCGCGGCAAAAUAAAAACAAAUCCAUGCGGUACAGCGAAAAGGAAAGAACCUUAUCUCCUAACAUUUAACAGCAUACGUUAUGUCAAAGAAACGAGAUCCAGAAGUGGGAAUUUUACAGUACUUGAAUCAGCAGAACAGACCAUAUAGUGCUGUAGAUAUUUUUAACAAUUUACACAAAGAAUUUGGAAAAACAGCAGUGGUCAAGGCAUUGGAAUCUUUGACCGAGAAAAAUAAAAUAAUUGAAAAGACAUAUGGAAAACAAAAAGUAUACUCUCCGUUACAGGAUCAGUAUGGGGAUUAUAACGAAACAGAAAUUAAAGCUCUUGAUUUAAAGUUAAGUUCUUUGCAGGAAGAGGUAAAUAUUUUGCAGCAGGAGUCUAAAAAAUAUGAAGCAGAAAUAAACAAAUAUUCAAGUCAAAUGUCAACAAAGAACAUGGUUAAAAAAGCAAAAGAAUUAAAGAAUAAUAAUGAAAUAUUACAACAAAGAAUUAGUAAAUUGAGGUCUGGAACUACAUUAAUGACAAAGGAAGACCGUUUAAAGCUGUAUAACAAAAAAGAUAAAAUGUUAGGGCAGUGGAAAAAAAGAAAAAGAAUGACCUCCGAUGUUUUGAAUGCUAUUUUAGAAGGAUACCCAAAAUCAAAAAAGCAGUUGUUAGAAGAGGUUGGUGUUGAGACUGACGAAGACGUUGGGGUGCAAAUCCCAAAGUAACACAAAACUUGUAGCUGGAUAUUUAUAUACAUCUCUUGAUAUUAAGCUACCAAAUGCAUGUUGUUUUCCUGGAAAUAAAUUCAUGACUUACUGGCUAACUGAUCUGGCUUACUGCUUCUAUUUUAGUAUGCUUGUUUUUAUAACUCUGGACUUUAAGAUUUCCAAAUUUGUUCAACAUAUAUAAUGUUUAAUAUGUUUUGUUAAUAUAUAGCUAAUAUAGUGUUUAUUAUAUUUCAUGAUCAAAAUGUGUGCUAAAAAUUAGCUUAAAGAUACGGUAUAAUAUACCUUUUGUGCAUAAUUUUAUCAGCAGUAUAUAGUUAAUUAAGUUUAUUCGUUCAUACAUUAUUACUAAAAAGCUUUUUUAAUUUCUAUCAAAUGGUAUAAAAAUAAUUUUGAAAUUUUCAACCUGUAAAUAAAAAAGGUAAUUUUUUUCAAAACUUCUUUGUUCCCAACUCUCAUUCCAUGCUCUUUAGAAUCAGGAUGGAUGAUGGAUGUAUUUAAAAAAAAUUUUUAAUUUCCACAAAAUUACCAUUUUUGAUUUAUUUACCUUUUUUUAAAAACAAGUGCUAUUCAAUUUAAACUUUUGUCUUUGGGAUGUGGAGAACAGUUCACCUUUGGCAAUAAUAAAGAAAUCGGUUUUAGAUAAACAAGUUGGCUUGAGAAUGUUGUUCUUUUAAAUUUUACUUUUUAAAGACAAUUUUUACUCAAGAGAAUAAAAAAAUGCACUUGUAACUCCUAUUCUACUUCAAGGUGUGUAUAAGUCUGAUCAGAGAAAAACCUUUAGAUAAAGUUAAAAGUUUCAAAAAACAAAUCAAUAGCCGCACUAUCAAAAAGUCAUUGUUAAAUUAAAUGGCUGAUAAAGAAUAAAUCGAUUUUUUGUUACAAAAAGGUUAUACCACAUCCUUAAAAUAUGCCAGAAUGAAACUCUGCCUUUUGGUCAAGUUAGUUGUUUUGGCAAGUUUGUAAGCAAUCAGUAAUCACUUUUAUUAAUCAAUUGAAGCUACUCAAGGCUAAGUUAAUGGAGAGAAUUAGUACAAAUAGCAUCAAUAUUUUGUCCCUCAUGAGAAACAAAUGAACAUUAAUUUUUUCAGCGCUAGAAACAGUUUUUAACAUUGUGAUUGGUGUACAUAGAUUAUUUAAAAUGUAUUAUUGCUGGGAAAGUUUUCUUUUAUUGUUAAAAUGUGAAUUAAAUGAUAUUGUCAGAUUAUUGUAUUAUAUUUUAUUAUAUAAAUGGUAACAGCCUUUCACAUCAGCAUUUGAAUAUGACCUAUGCAAAUGUUAAUAAAAACUCUUCAUUGAAAUAAAUGAAAUAGAAAAAUUGGGUAAACACCUCAAAUCUAUUUGCAUUUUAAUCUCCCAAUUAAAACAGUACAGUCUGGAUGUAAACUUGCUUGAAUGGUUAAACAGAAGCCUUUGAUUUUCACUGAUAAACAACACCUAAGCACAAUCCAUUACUUAAAUCACAAUAAAUUGCAAGAUCAAUUUUAGUUAUCUCUUUUGUAAGAAUUCUUUUAAAAUUAUUAAUUGCAGUAGUUAAUAUAAAAGUUAUUUGCACUACCAGAAAAGUUAUUUGUGGGUAUGAAUUAGAAAAAAAUCCUUGCUGUUUAAUUUUCCUAACCAUAUUCUAGUUUUGAUAAACUUGUUAAUACAGCAUUUUUCUUAAUGUAAGAAUUUAGAUGCUUAUUAAACUUAUUUUAAAAUUUACGUAUUAGAUGAUGGUUUCCGACGACUUCUGCGUAGAGCGAGUGCUGAGGCUGAUCGUCCACUAAUUCGUGAACAAAGAAGAAACAAA